GGGCGGCGAGGGGGUUCAACACCCCUCCCAACCCCCACCGUGCGCACACACACACACAAAGCGGAGGACUUGUCACCGUGGAAACUUGCGAAAUUUUGUGGCUUAGCGAGUACAUAAGGCGACACGGCAUCACGGCUCAGGCAUUCGUUCAUCGAUCGGAGCAACGAGCAGCAAGCAUCUCCUCAUCCUCCUCACCUCAUCCUCACCUGAGCUCUCGGACUGUGAACGCAAACAAGAUAUUGAAAGAUGUGUACCGGCAAGUGCGCCGACUUCAUUGGAAAGGCCCUCAUUCCGCUGGCCGUGCUGUCAAUCAUCGCCAACAUCCUGCUAUUUUUCCCCAAUGGACAAGUGAAAUAUGCAUCAGAGGAUCAUCUCACCCCACAAGUAUGGUUCUUCCAUGGGAUAGUCGGCGCCGGGCUGCUGAUAUUCAUUCCAGCCUUGCUCAACACCAGGCUGGAUGAGAAGGGCUGCUGUGGAAAUCGUUGCGGGAUGCUGUUCUCCGUGCUCUUCAACGCCGCGGGUAUCCUGGGCGCUGGGUACUGCUUCAUUGUGUCAGUCGUUGGCCUGGUGGAUGGACCCUUCUGCAUGACUGUCGAGGAUGAUGAUUCCUCCUGGAUGUCCCCAUUCAAGAACGCCACCAUGCAAAAUGAAUAUCUUAACCUCAACGGUAGCUACCUGUUCAAUCAAGAUAUUUGGGAGACAUGUGCCGAGCCUCAUAAUGUAGUCCUGUGGAACAUCGUGCUCUUCUCGAUGCUGAUCUGCUUCAGCGGCAUCCAGGUCGUGCUGUGCACAACGCAGAUAGUCAACGGCCUCAUUGGGGUGCUCUGUGGCACCUGCAUGAAGAAUGAAGUUGUUUAAAUUUAAAAAGAAGGAAAUAAA